AUGGCUGACUGCAUUCAAUGCUCGGAUUUGGUUCUCUCGGACUCUCUGGACGGUCCAAAGUCGGUUGGUGGCUAUCGUAAAAUCCGCGAUUUAGGUAUGGGGUCGUACGGAAAGGCGAUUCUAGUUGAGCACGUGGCGACUGGUCAGCAGUGUGUUAUGAAGGCAAUAGACAUAACUCGGCUGCAGCCGCAGCAGCGAGAGCAAAGUAUCAACGAGGUGCGGUUACUGGGGCAGAUGAAGCACCCAUUCAUUAUAAUGUACAAAGAGUCGUUUAUGGUGAACGGGUUCCUGUGCAUCAUUACAGAGUUUGCGGACGGCGGCGACUUGAAUAAUGCAGUGCUCAAGCGGCGACAGGCGCGACGACUAAGAGGGGGCAUUGUGGGGUUUCCGGAGAAGCAGGUUCUGCGGUGGAUCAUUCAGUGUGUACUGGCGCUCAAGCACCUACAUCUCAAACACAUCCUCCAUAGAGAUGUAAAGACGCAAAACAUCUUUUUGAGCACGAACGGACGAAUUAGAUUAGGUGACUUCGGAAUUGCCAAGGCUUUGGACAAGACUGGUUCCUUCGCCAAGACGAUAAUUGGCACACCGUAUUACCUUUCUCCGGAGAUUUGUCGGUCCCUUCCUUACUCUUGGGCGUCGGACAUUUGGGCGCUUGGGUGUGUUUUGUACGAGUUAUGCGCCUUAAAGGUGCCCUUUGAGGCGAACAACAUGACAUCUCUGGUUACUCGUAUUGUGGAUGGGAAACCGCCCAUGCUCCCUGCCCAGUAUUCGGAGGACUUGAAAGAUCUGUACUUCGCCAUGCUCAGCAAAAACCCCGCCGACAGACCCACUCCCGGCAAGAUACUCGGCAUACCUUUUAUCAGGAACGAGUGCUUCCUUAUGCUCAAAGAUGAUGCAAGCCUCAGACACGAAAUCUGCCCACUCACUCCGGACAUGCCAAUAGAAAUACCCAGGCCUGUGCCCACAACGUGUAAGUCGUCUACUGCUUCUGCUAAUCUCGUCCUCGUACCAUCCUCCAGACGUGGCUGCCCGCCAGGACAAAGGAAAUACCUGUUUACUUUAGACAAUAGGCGAGCUUUUCUGUCUCAAUUUAAGGAGCCGAUGGCGGCCAAGAAGAAGUCUUGGCGCAGCAAGGCUUGGCGACGGUUGCGGAUGGCGUUUUUCAGUUAG